AUGGAAAAAACCGACAGAGAGACUCAUGAUUUCAUGAACGUCGAGUCUUUCUCUCAACUUCCCUUCAUCCGUCCUUCACCCCUCAAAGAAAAGAGCAUUAGGCUCUUCGGAAAAGAGUUUAGUGGUGCCGCCGGUGCCGACUCGCCUGAAGUUAUCAUCUCCGACGACGCGGACUCGAAUGAAACAGCCGCCGUGGAAUCUAAAGACGCCGGAGAAAGUAACCGGAAAUUCGAGUGCAAUUACUGCUGCAGAAAUUUUCCGACUUCUCAAGCCUUGGGAGGUCAUCAAAACGCACAUAAAAGAGAACGACAACAUGCCAAAAGAGCUCACCUUCAGUCCACCAUGGUUCACGGCAGCUUCUCGGAAGCACAAAUGUAUGGUCUGAUGAACUACCACCGAUUUGCACCCUCCACCACCCCACCACCACCCUAUUUCCACCACACGAACACCGCUUCUAGCAUCACCAACUACAAUAACAGAUUUUACGGUGGCACUUCCUCUUACACCUCCCAUCAAACACCCAUCAAUGGCAGUCCAUUAGGUUUAUGGAGAUACCCAAAUACCCAAAACUCAACAUUUAACCGUGACCAUUCGAUCAAUUCAUCGCCAUUAGUGGUAUCUUCCAAUGACGGAUUAAGGGCGUCAAGAAUUCCAACAAGCUCUAGCUAUAUGUACGAUUCUAAGCCAAGCGUUCAAGAUCAAGUUAGUCUUGAUUUGCAUCUGUAA